AUGACUGGACUUCUGUCAGAAGACGACAUCAAGGCCGGUACUCUCAAGGCCCUGACUGACUCUCUACAGAAGCUGAACAUCUCCAAACAGAUUGUUCUGAAUGACAGCCACAUAUCUGUUGAUGGGCUGAUGAUUCUGACCAGUUUCCUGUCUGUAUGUCCUGAUGUGGUUCAAGUGGACAUCAGUCUGACGGGCUGUGCUCUUCGUCUCCCUCACUUGGACCGUCUGUGUGAGAAUCUGAGGGACUGCUCUGCUCUGACUAUGCUGGAUAUUUCCAACAAUGCUUUGGAAAACAAAGGUCUGAAGAAGUUGUUGGACCUCAUGCCUCACCUUAGCAACAUACAGGAAAUCAAUGUCAGUGAGAAUGCAGUCCGCAUGGAAGGAGUUGUGCAGCCUAGCUGGAACCCUGAGCUCACACAGGAACAUGAGUGAAGUGAAUAUCAGAAUACAAUCAACAGGAUUGGAACAGUGUAAGAAACUCAGGUAGGACAAAGAACGAUAUGUAACUUUUUGGGCGACCCGACCAAAUUCACAUAGAAACGUGAGUUAUAGAUCUGUCAUUCUCAAUUCGAGCUUUCGGUGGCGCGAAUGCAUAGUGCAAAAAGCCACAACAUUUACUACUAGAGUUCUGCGCGGUUAAGAUAAAAUCAUGCAUCAAAUUAUCUUGAGUACCUG